AUGGAUCGCGGCAGCAGCUCCAGUCUCGCUAGCAGCGCCACCGUUGGCACCAACACCAUCAACAGCGGCAUAUUCAAGGAGUGCGCCAAUUACCCCGUCGGCAGUCAGUCGGCCCGUCCAUACGUCCAACUGCCGGGCAUACACAUUUCCAACCCUCCCCAGUACGGGCCAGGGAAUAUGAAGGAAAUAGACGCUGGCAAAAUGGCGCACAACGGCAAGGCACUCACAGGGCGCUACAAUGCCACGCCCACCUAUGGCUUCGACAACGAGCAGAACUACUGCCUGUUGCCGUCUCCAAAGCCCCCUCCACCAUACGCCUUGGCACGCGUGAGCAGCACACGCAACUUCGAGCUCGAGAACCACACACCGCCGGCAUGUCCCGGCUCUGGACUCAUUGCCAUGACGAACGGCACCAUCCAGUUGCGCCUCCGCGAUGGCGUGCGCAUUGACAUGACUCUGGACAAGGCGGUGUGCGUGCUCAAUCAGCGCAGCAUGGUGGCAGUUGCUCUAUCACGCACCUACGACGGCAUGAAGGGCAUGAAGGGAAUGGCCCUUACCCCAACUCGCUAUGCCAAGAUGUGGUACAAGGGUGUGAGCUUCACCAGCGAGGCGGGCGCUCUCAUCUACCUGGUGGACACAGCCGGGACGCGCACCACAACCUACACUUUCACCGAUCUGACCAAGGACUACACCCUGGCAGUGUUCUAUGACGACUCGCGCCAUGGUCCCUCUUAUAUGGCUGAAGCCCAUGACGUGAUUGCCAAUUCAGCUUACAACUGUACCGAGGAUGGCACUGAGAUCUAUGACAUAAACGGAUUUCGCAUCACCCAGGCAGCCGAUGGCCUGGUGAAGGUCACUCGUGUGGACAACAAGUGCUUUAUUCGCACCAGUCCCGGCAAUGGAUCGGCCACUUUGACCACACCUGGCAUCCAUUGCACUGCCUCUCUGGGCAAGACCUCGCAUCUGUUUGUUCGGUGA